AUGGAUCCAGAAAGCGUCUCUUUCCAACCUCGGGACGAUUUCUGGCGCAUGCAGGGCGAGAUGCUGCGUGUCCAGCAGAACCAGGCGGAGCUCGCCGACCGGGUCGCACGACUCGAGCGCAAGAACGAGGAGGACUCCCGACUGAAAAACGUCUGGGGAGCCUCCUCACCGUUUCCCUCCGUUCUGGGGGGUACUCCACAGCAAGUUCCGCUGCAGCAACCCACGGCAGAGCACUUCUCUUCCUUCGACGACCAGUCGAACAGCCUCAUUGGAAACCUACAACUCGACGCAGAUGACGAGCCUCGCCGCAUCGGUACCACGUCCAGAGCCAACAGCGUUCGGUUCGACGAGACGGCCAACCACGGCCACUGGGCCCACGCCUCUCGCUCGUCUCUCGAUCUCAUAACUCGCACAGGCAGCGGUCUGGGCGGACAUGUCAUGAGCGAGAGGAGCUAUUCACAUAAAUCAGACGGGCGGCAGAGUUCCGCAGGCCACUCGGUGCAUUCCGUGACGUCUGGCCGUGCCAAUAGCUUGACCAGCUAUGGACUCAACACUCCCAUUGAACCACCCGGUCUGGCACCUGGUUUGUUCAUUUUAGGGUCCGUCCCGGCGAUCAUUCGCUGCUGGCUCAGCACGAACUUUAAGCAUGAUACUCUGCUCUAUGCGGCCGUUUGCACGGGCUCGUACACAUCCUACCUAGAUAUCCGCUUGAUUGAGAGCCUUGGAUACCAGGAGCAGAUCACCCAAACGGAGGAAGGAGUGCCUACAAUCAAGCUAUCCGUCUAUCUACCCGAGGCCGUUCCUCUGUCUUCUUCAUCUAGGUCGGACAGCCCUGCUCCCCAGUUACCUUCACUGAGCGUUGAUUUCACAGUGAUCGACCGUGGCGCAGUAUCGACUGAAGAUAAAGCCAUUCAAAUCUUCCUAGGCAGCGAUUUGCUACGGGCACACAAUGCUGACAUACUCUUCUCUACCAAUCAACUGACGUUGUACGACGAGGAUCGCACUAAGCUUCAGGUUCCUCUUGUUCGACCAGAGGACGACCGGACCUUCAAGUGUAUAUUUACUGGCAGCGGAGCACCCAACCUCCAUAGGCCGCACGUAACGGCGGAUGAUGUCUCGUCCCAGGCAGCUGCCUCCGCCGCGGCGGAACAAGACUCGAUCGCAGAUAAUUCACACGAAGAACAGGCAUCUGAGAUCCCGAAGGCAAAUGGGUACAGUGUGGCUAAUGGCUCUGAUGAUGGUUCUUCGACAGGCCGGAGAAGUCUCGAGCAACGCCCGCUCCCUACGAAUACUCUGCACAGGACGGAUACCAAAGAGAGCGCAUCUGCCCCCAAUACGGCUAGUGCGGCUCCGCGGACAGGCACGGGAUCCGGUACAUCACCGGCUAUUUGGACCAGCUGGCGACGUGACACAGAGAAAGAGAAACCCGCCUCCCUGGAUUGGGCGAGCGUGGGGAAGAAUCCGCCAAACCCGACCACCCAGAAGAAGGAUACGGGGAUCAAGGUGCUGAGGCCGUCGCGCUCGGGUACGCGGACCUUGUCGACGGGGGCAUCGCAGGCGACCACGCCGUCCAUCUCCGCGGGCCAGUCACGCUUCUUCGACGACGGCAAGCGGAGGGAGGGUACUGAAGCGCCUUGGUCGCAGACUCAAACGAGCCGGUCUGUUUCUGGCGAACAGGCAAAGAUGGGUGCUCCUCCCACCGACGCUUCCGCAGCAGCGGCAGCACCAAAGACGCGAGCGACGAACCCCGUUGGAGGGGCUUCGGCGUUUGCAUGGUUGAACAACGCCAUCCAUCAUCCACCAAUCCUCCAUCCACCAAUCCUCCAUCCACCAUCCAUCCACCAACCAUCCCAUUCUUCAUCGUCUUCUUCUUCUUCUUUUUCUCUUGUUCUUUUUUCUCUCUUCUCUACUUUUCCGCCCGCUAGAAAAAAUCCCCGACCUCUUUCUUCCCCCGCUCCCCACCCUCGAGCAAUAGAAAGACAAGGGGACAGCCACAACAGCCAGCGGCAAGUGAGAGGACAUUCGGGGUGUCCCGCACUUUUCUUCGCCUGUGUCACUCCUCUCUUCACCACGGCUUCAACCAAGAAGCGCAAGGUCACAGGCACAGGCGCUGGCACUGGCACGGGCUCGGUCUCAGUCUCAGGCACAGGCACAGGCACAGGCACACGCUCCAGUCCCGGCCCUUCACCGAAUGACGCUGCUACCAAUACUGCUGGCUCCAUAACCUCCCCACGCUCCUCCCCACUCCCGCUUCCUCCCUCCGCAUCCAGCCUCAGAGCUUCAGCAUCCCCGCCUCGCUACUUACCGCCUCAUAUGCACGACGAAGUCUACGACUCCUCCACCUCCGCCGCCAGUUCCCCCAGCGAGGCCUACGCCAACAUGACGCUCGAGAGUCGUGAUUCCAACGGCGAUUCCGAGACCAACACCAUCACCCACAAUGCGAAUGCGAAUGUGAAUGCGGACACAGGCUCACCCACCGUCCAACCGCGACCGCCGCCUCGCUCUUCCUCCCCCGCGAAGCGACCCCACUCCGACAUGGACGACGGCGGGAAGGAGCACAUGGACAUUGACUCCACCGCUGCGAGCAGUGGCAGCAGCGCCCGUCGGGGCAGCGGCCAGUCCAGUCCGCGAGCCUCCAAGCAGCCUCCCAAUGCUACCACAGCACCUCGCAGCUUGCGAGCGAACUCGGUCGACAUGCUUGACGCCGCGAGUUCCGACAGUACGCCCUCCUCGAAUGCAGCAUCCACCGCCACGAGCCUCUCCGCACACUCGACCGCCGCGUUAGAGAAGCCGAGUCUCGACGAGCAGGUCGCCCAAGUGAUGGCCAUUAGUUAUCGCCCGCUGCUUGACGGACAGGUGGGAUUCGUCAUUUCUGAGAAGUGGCUCGAACGCGUCUUCGCACGCACCUCGGAGAACGCCAACAAGCCCGAGCAGUUCAAUAAAGAGGCCACCGAGGGCGAGAUUGGACCUGUGGAUAAUACGAAUCUGCUUGAUUCAGUUGCCCUCCCCGAGGACAUCCUCGUGAAGGACAAGGACAAGGGCAAGUUCGUUCCUCUCCGACCGGGUCUGCAGAUGGGACAGGACUUUGAGAUACUCCCGCAGGAAGCGUGGAAUCUGAUAGUGCAGUGGUAUGGGGAGAAGAGUGACAGUCCAACGAUUCGACGAUACGCACACAACACCGCUGUCGGCGAAUUCCAAGAGAACAUCCAAUACGAAGUGUACCCCCCAGUCUUCCAGAUUCGCAAGGUCCACCGGUCCACCGCAAAACUCGCAACGCCCCAGGAUGCUUCGAAACCCAGUCCCAAGGUCGCCGCGAGCAGGAGCGACGGCUAUGUGGAUUUCCUGAAGACAGUAAAGAAGGCGGCGGGAAUCGACAUGAAGACCAAGGUUCGCGUAUGGAGAGUUCUCAAGACCGCACCCACAGACCAGGCUCCACCCCAACCAUCCGGCAUCCUCACACCGGACGCAUCUCCCCGCAAUGGUUCUCCUGUCUCCACACCCCAGGCUUCGGUCCUUCCACUGUCGAUUGAGGCUGCCGACUUUACGGCUCUGGCCACCGGUACUGAGCGCGAGUUGGUCACCGUUAAGGACGAGACGGCUAACGAGAAGUACAAUGGACACAUGAACUUGCAAGUUGCGGGACUCGCCGAGGACCAGAUUCUCAUUCUCGAGGAGCAGGACGACAAGGGAAAUUACAUUCCGGAUACGGCUUCCCAGGCGCCCGCGAAAGAUGCUAAUAAGCUUAGUGUCAAGAAUAAGGGCGUGCAGAGCAAGCCUAAUAGUGGCAGGAAUAGUCCCGCGCCUGGGCCUCUGACAAGAGGAAGGACACGGGGAGGACGGACCAGGGCCACGGUUGGUUUGACGAAUUUGGGAAACACAUGCUACAUGAACUCUGCCCUCCAAUGCAUUCGAAGUGUGGAGGAGUUGACUUGGUAUUUCUUCCAGGGCAAGUGGAAGAAUGAGAUCAAUUCCGACAACCCGCUUGGCCACGGUGGUACCAUCGCAAAGUCGUAUGCCGGUCUCGUGGCCAGCAUCUACGCGGAAGAUGGAGCUUCGUCAUUUGCACCUAGGCAGUUCAAGAUGGCCCUUGGAAAGGCUCAGCCUCUCUUCUCCGGUUACGGUCAACAGGACUCGCAGGAGUUCCUCAGUUUCCUGGUCGACGGUCUGCACGAGGAUCUCAACCGCAUCAAGAAGAAGCCAUACACCGAGUACCCAGAAUCGGACGACAACACCAUCAAUGAUCCUGAGGCUAUCAAAGCUCUGGGCAACAAGUUCCGCGACAUCCACCACUCCCGUAACGAUUCCGUUGCGAUGGAUCUGUUCAACGGUUUCUACAAGAACACCAUGGUCUGCCCUGAGUGUCAAAAAGUUAGCAUUACAUUCGAUCCCUACAGUCUCAUCACCCUUCAGCUCCCCAUCGAGCAGACGUGGCAGCACACAAUCACGUUUGUUCCUCUCCUCGGCAGACCAGUCAAGGUCGAGGUAGAUAUCGAUAAGAACGGUACUAUCAAGGCACUUAAAGAGUACAUAGCGAGGCGUUUCCCUGGUACCAAAGCGAACCGCCUCAUCGGCGCCGAGGUCUACAGCAAUAAGUUCUACCGCAUGCUCGAAGAUGGCAAGUCCAUCGCCGAAUGCAACAUCGGCCAGCGUGACGACAUUUACUUCUACGAAGUCGACCAGGUGCCGACCAAUUGGCCGUCUCCCAAGAAGCCACACAAAUUCCGCUCCAUGCUCUCCAUAUAUAACCAUUCUUCUGAAGAGGACAUCCCGCCAUCUUCCUCCCCGCUUGGCGACAGGAUGCUCGUUCCCAUCUUCCAUCGUGGCCAAAACAUGUCGAGCUAUCGCGGUCAGCAAAUGUCGUUGAUCCAGUGGCCGUCGUACAUUGUGCUCUCCCGCGAGGAGGCAAAGGACUACGACGCCAUCAUGAGGAAGGUUAUCGGUCGCGUUGCACAAUUGACGACAAGGCCGAUCCUCACAGAGUUCAAUGGCAGCUCUAUCCCGUCUCGCGGCGAUUCGGACGUCGUUAUCACUACCGAGGAGGAUGCUUCGCCAGAUAGCGACCCCCGCGUUCAGGAUGGCUCGGUUUCGAGCGACGACAUGGUGGAAGUGACUAUGACCGAAGCUGAUGAAGCGUCUAAGCCUGCGACAAAUGGCGACAGCGUUCCAGAAAUUCUCAAGCCUGGAAGCUUCAUUCCCCCGGCGUUCGCUGCCCUGUUCACCAUCAAGCACACCGGUCGCGGACACGAGAUGGUGCAGACUGGUUGGAGUUCAAUCGACGCCACCAAGCAGUAUCAGCCCAUCACUAAACGAAUUCCUGUCGUCGAGCCUUCUCGAGAGUCAUCAAUGCAGUCGGUGGAAGAAACGAGCAAUGCCUCGUCGAGCGAAGAGGGCGACGACACUCCCCAGUUCUCCGCCGACGCCCAGGAGAUGGUCGAUCAGAGCAGUGACGAGGACCAGAUCCCGACGAUCGAGGUGGAGCAGCCCGGCUUCGCGCGCGGCGGCCGCCAGAAGAACAACAAGCACAGCAAGCGGAACAAGCGCCAGAACAAGAAGUUCAAUAAGAAGAACGCCGGCAAGCAGCAGUACUCGAAGAAGGGCAAGAUACCCGAGCAGCCAUCCAAUGCAUUCUCUGAGCCUGAGGACGACGAUGAUGAGGGACUCAUCCGCCUUGGUGAGGCCAUCAUUCUGGACUGGGAGUCCAACGCCCAGGAGGCACUAUUCGGUUCUACCUCUGACGAAGAUGAGCGCGGUGUUGCUACGCUUACCGUCAUCGAGACCUUCGACGACGCGGAGCUUAAGGCCAAGAAGGCGAAGCGCGCUGCUCGUCGGAAGACUGGCAUCAAUCUCGACGAGUGUUUCCAGGAGACGGCUAAGAGCGAGAUCCUGUCCGAGGACAACGCGUGGUACUGCAACCGCUGCAAGGAGCUUCGACGCGCGACCAAGACGCUCGAGAUCUGGACGGUACCGGACAUCAUGGUCGUCCAUCUCAAGCGCUUCAGUGCCCACCGGACGUUCCGCGACAAGAUCGAGGCGCUGGUGGACUUCCCCGUCGAGGGUUUGGAUCUCAGUGGCAAGGUGGGUCUGCCAGAGGGCAAGUCCCUGGUGUACGACCUGUUCGCCGUCGACAACCACUACGGAGGGCUCGGAGGGGGUCAUUACACUGCUUAUGCUCAGAACUUCUUCGACAAGCAGUGGUACGAAUACAAUGACUCCUCUGUCUCUUCUGUGCGCAACCCACAAAGCGUGGUAACACCCAGUGCCUACCUGCUCUUCUACCGUCGCCGCUCGGACGGCCCUUUGGGCCCACCUUUGGUGCAGAAGAUCGUGGAAGAGGUGUACAACCCCGGCUCUGAGGGCGACGACGCCGACAACGACUCUUCUGGAGAACCGGGCGCCAGCCGCGACGCCUCACGCUCGCCGGCGGGAAACGGCUUGCGCCUCGACGGCUCGUCCCGCAAUGGGUCGUCGAGCGCUUUCGGAGCCGCAGCGGGAGCAGGAGUCCUGCUCGGGGCUGGUUCAGCUUCAGCCGCGAGCCAUCUGCGGAGCGGAGUCGCAGCCGGGACAGCGGGCGCUGACGACGGCGACGAGGACAGCGACAUGAUGCUGGACAACCCGCCACCGUACGGCGCAGACGAAGGGUACGUGGGCGAGGAAGACGACGACGGCGGCUUCAUCGGCGUGAGCAGCAGCGCAGCAGCCUACACGGGAUACCACUCCGGCAACGACUGGUCCUUCACGGGCGCGGGCGUACCACACUCCAACUCAGUAGACGGCCUCUACAACCCAGACGAAGACGACGACGAGGAAAUCGCCUCCGACGCACCCAACAUGGCCGGCUCCGAGGACCUGCGCGAGCGCCUACGCGACUUCGCAGACGAGGAAGAAGACGUCCCGGACCUCGAUAGCGGGAUGGAACUCCCCGCGACCGCCGAAGACGAGAUGAUACGCCCCGCGCUUGGCGGCGAGCUCGGCGACGGCGAGGUCGCGGACAUCCAGCUCGAUGAGGUGCCGGCGCUGGGUGGUGCGGGUGGCGGCGUGCAUGUCAAGGUGGAUUGA